AUGAAGUUCGAGAGCAUCCUGGCCGAGACGGACGGAUUCGGGCGCUACCAGAUCGUGCUGUUCAUGCUGCUGGUGGUCCCGCGCCUCAUCCUGCCGUGUCACUUCAUGCUGAACAACUUCAUCGCCGCCGCCCCGCCCCAUCGCUGCGACGUCAGCUCUCUGGACCCUCAGGGUGCUUUCGGGACUCUGACUCCGGACCAAAGACUGACCGUUAGCAUUCCGAAACAGCACGAUGGCAGCUUCCUGUCCUGUCAGAUGUUCCCAGAAGCUCAGUUCCAGCUCCUGACCAACUCGUCCAACGCCACGGAGCUCCCGGCGGUCCGGUGCCAGAACGGAUGGGUGUACGACAACAGCACCUUCAAAUCCACGCUGGCCACCCAGUUUGAUCUAGUUUGUCACAGGAAGGGACUCACCAAGGCUGCUGCCACCAUCUUCUUCAUCGGCGUCAUGUUCGGGGCGGUGUUCUUCGGCAUCCUUUGUGACAAGUACGGGCGUAAGGCCAUGCUCCUCGUCUCCUACCUCUCGGUCAUCGUCUUCAGCAUCGCCAGCGCCGCCUCCAGGAGUUUCAUCAUGUUCGCGGCGUUCCGGUUCCUCACCGGUUUCAGCCUGUCUGGGAUCAGCAUCAUCACCAUCGUUCUCAGUAUUGAGUGGGUGGACAUCGAGCACCGGACCUUCAUGGGAGUGUGUGGCAGCGUUAUCUGGACGAUAGGCAAUGCCCUGCUGGCUGGCAUCGCCUACCUGGUGACUGACUGGCGACUCCUGAUCGUCACCGUCUCCGCCCCCCUGGGCUUUGCUGUGAUCACCUGGUGGAUGGUCCCUGAGUCCGCACGGUGGCUGAUAGUCAACGGAAAGACUGACCGAGCGUACAGCUUCCUGCAGAAGUGCGCCAAGUCCAAUGGGAGAGCAGAUUUUACAUCCAAAAUCAAACCUGAGAUUCUCACCACAGUGGUGGCAGAAAGCAAACAGAGACGCAAUUACAGCUACCUGGACCUGGUCAAAACGCAGCAGCUGAGAAGGAUCACCAUCUACACCGGCAUCGUGUGGUACGGCGUGGCGUCGACGUACUACGGCAUCAGUCUGAACAUCACCGGGUUCGGUCUGAACAUCUACCUCACGCAGUUCAUCUACGCCGCCAUCGAGCUGCCGGCUAAACUGGCCAUCUUCUUCACCCUGAGGAGAUUCGGUCGCAGGGUCAACCAGGUGGUCACGCUGGUGCUCACCGGAGUGUGUAUCAUCAUCAACAUCAUUACUCCUAAAGAUUACUGGACGUUCCGCACCGUGGUAGCAGUGUUAGGUAAAGGACUAUCGGAAGCUUCCUUCACCACGGUGUUGCUGUACACCACUGAACUUUAUCCUACUGUCGUACGGCAGAACGGUGUAGGCUAUACAAGUUUCAUGGGUCGUUUGGGUGCCUCCAUCUCCCCUCUCAUCAUGCUGCUGGAGGACGUGUGGGUCCACUUUCCUCAGCUGGUUUUUGGAACGGUGGCUGUCACAUCCGGCCUCGUGGCCCUCCUGCUCCCGGAAACGAACAACGCCAAACUUCCCGAAACCAUCGAGGAAAUUGAGCAGACCAGGACGAGCUCGGUGUGUAUCAGCGCACAGGACCAGAGUGACGUCCCUCUGAAAACAGAGCUGACUGUAGAUACAACACGAUGACACACACACACACACACACACACACACACACACACACACGCACACACACGCACGGAUGCUUGUAAUGAUCCAAAUAAAGUUUGGCAUUUA